GUUCAAAUUCAUAAGACUUCGGCCUGAGUACUUGUUAAUUAUCACUUGGUUCCAAGAGGAACGCCACAACAGAAGGCCUACUAACGUUUCUGCCUGCCGCCUCCAACCACUCUUCACCCGUAUUGAAAGUCUCGAUAAUGGGCAAUAAACGUAGGCGGGCACAGGAGUCGGACGAGGAGUCAGAGGAGGAGCUCGACGAGGAGCUUGACGAGGAGAUGGAGGACGAGGACGACGAGGCAGAGCCGGGGGCGCCCGGCAAGCGCCCCGCCACAUACAAUGUAGACGCGAUCCAUGAGAAGCUAGAAGACAUCGGGUGGACCACCGAGGUGGAGUGGGAGGAGACUCAGGCCAUCACCACGGAGGCGCCCACGCAGGUGGACAACGUGGAGGACGACCUGGCCAGGGAGCUGGCCUUCUACAACCAGGCUCUGUCCGCCGCCCAGGCCGCCAUCCGGCGCUUCCAGGCCGCGGGUGUGCCCUGGCUGCGGCCGCUGGACUACUACGCGGAGAUGGUCAAGAGCGAUGAGCACAUGGCCAAGGUGAAGGAGCAACUCAUGUUUGAGCAGAAGCAGAUCGAGGCGGCCGAGGAGCGGCGCAAGCAGCGUGAGGCCAAGCAGUACGGCAAGCAGGUGCAGCUGGCCAAGAACAAGGAGCGGGCGGCGGAGAAGAAGAAGGCCAUCACAGAGGUCACCAAGCUCCGCAAGCAGCGCGAGAAGAGCGGCUUCGCCGGCGAGCUGGACAUGGACGCCCAGCUGGCGGACAUGGAGGCGGAGCGCCGCCGCCCCAUGAACGUCAAGCAGCUGGGAGACCGCAGCGGCGGCCGGGGGGGGCCCAAGGCGCCCUCCAAGAAGCGCCAGGCUCGCGACUCCAAGUUCGGCUUCGGCGGCCGCAAGUCGCUGAAGAAGCAGAACGACGCCUACAGCGCCGCCGAUAUGGACGGCUACCGGCCCGGCAAGUUCAAGGAGAGCUUUGGGGCGCGUAAGGGCGGCGUGCAGAAGAAGGCGGGAGGCGGCGGGGCCAAGGGCGGCAAGGGCGCGCAGCGGCCGGGCAAGCAGCGGCGGCAAGCCAUGAAGGGCGGCAAGGGCGGCCGGCGGUAGUGGGUAGGGCGCGGAGGAGCAGGUGGAGGAUAUGCACGACAUGGAGGUGGACGAUAGUUGGGGUGUUCGCAGGCUUGUUCGCAGGAGGUGAGGGCAGUGGGGAUAGGAAGCGUCCGUUAAGUGGGGCAACCACGCCGAUGUAUGCGAAUGUUGCCUAGUUCAAUUACCAGAAUGGCGCUAGGCGUCCUAAGGAAGCUUCCACGAGGUUUCAAUGCUUGCUGCAGGCAAAUGAGCUACUCGCUUUAUCUGAAGAGUCAAGUGUAAGGAAGGCGUUUU